CGCGCAUCCGUAGCACUGUCAGGACGUCUAAGUUACAUACACAACAAACCUGCAUUGAACCAUGACUGAUCAAAACACAUUCCACUUCCAGCUCAAAGUGUUGCUUAUCAUUUUGUCCAUUGGAUUAAACAUAUUUUUUGCACAUCAGUUUUAUUUUUGUUGUCAUGAAGGAUCAAUGAAAGCCAAAAUUUUUACAACAGUUAAAAAGAAGCCUCUGGAAAAUGACACAAUCCUACUGAUAUGGCUGGGGCCAUUUGGAAAAAAGUUUGACUUGAAUUCCUGCAGUGCCAAAUUUAACAUAGAUGGCUGUUAUUUAACUGACGACAAAGAACUCUACAGCAAGGCCCAUGGAGUGCUGAUAAAUCACAGAGACAUUAAGAACGACCUGUCAAAUUUACCCCCAGAACCAAGGCCCUUCUUCCAGAAAUGGAUAUGGAUGCACUUUGAGUCCCCACGAAACACAAGGAGACAUAAUGGUCUGAACAACCUGUUUAAUGUGACGCUAAAUUACCGGCGAGAUGCUGAUAUUGCCAUUCAUGAGCAAAUGAUGCUUAAAACCGAAGAUAAAGAGGAUACGAUAUUCCCACAAGUUCUGGAGAAAAAGGACAAGUUAGUUUGUUGGGUCGUGAGCAAUUGGAAUGAUGCGUUUAAACGGGUAAAAUACUAUAAUGAACUGAAAAAUCACAUUAACAUUCAUGCGGUUGGGCGUCAUUUUGGAAAAUCUCCAAGUUAUGAAGAAUACAAAGAACUAUUGACAAGUUGUAAGUUUUAUUUAUCAUUUGAGAACACGGACGAUCAUUAUGACUAUAUAACAGAAAAGCUGUACAAUCCACUAAAUCUGGGAUCAGUGCCAGUGGCUCUUGGCCCUCCAAGAUACAUAUAUGAAAGAUUUGUGCCAAAAGAUGCUUUUAUCCAUGUGGACGAUUUCUCCAACCCCCAAGAACUGGCUAAAUAUCUGCUGACACUGGACAAGAAUGUUGAAGAGUACAAAAAGUAUUUUAAUUGGAGAAAAACCCUUGAAGUGAAACUUGUCGAUUAUCCAGUACAACAUGCGUGCCGUGCCUGUCAGUACAUACGUAUGAAGAAGGACUAUCAAGUUUUUGUAAAUCUUAACAACUGGUAUUGGGAUCCCAUAAACAUGGGCAAAUAAAUGCCUUUGCUAACACUGGUAAUAAAAAUGGACCUUUUGACAGAUUGUUAAGAGGUUUAUAUUUUUUUAUAUUGAAAGUGAUUUAAAGUCUGAUGCACUAAACAUUUCUGAUGCACUAAAACCAAUCACUGGUGAUUUCUGUGAUAGCAAAUGACAAUAUAUCUCGGCAGUCAUUUUCUUUCAACCACUAAUUUAUUUAUCCAAUCCUCUGUAAAGUAGGGAUACACUGAAUGUUCGGCAAAACUAUUUGGAUAAAAAAAUAUAUAGCGUAGCACUAUAGCGUAGUCGGCCAAACAACAAAAGUUUGCCGAGGCGAACAAAUGUGAUGAUUUAUUUUUGUUAAACAGAUUUUUGUAAAAAUGAAUAAUAUUUUGUAAAAGUGUCGUUCUAAACAUUUGGAGGGAAGUUUCCUGGACAGGGUUUAGAUUAAUCCAGGAAAAGGACUUAGUUAUUUUAGGGGAUUUAAGUAGUUUUUACAAACAAACCUUAAAAAAACAAUACUGGUGUGCAUCUUGAGACAGACCAAUGCACUUAUAUAUGUUAAGAUGCAUCAGUACAAGGUGUUUUUAGAUUAAGGCAGCUCAAACAUAAAUUUUAAUCAGGUACUAGGAUAAACCCUGUCCAGGAACCACCCCUUGUUGUUUAUUAUGUUUAUCUUUUUCGAUUGCACUAUACACUAUUGUUACUUAUUUUUGUUAUGGUGCGUUAAUCUAUAUACUGUGAUUACUUUAUGUACAUGAUUAUGAUUCGUACUGAAUGUAUUAUAUUUUUUAUUUUACAAAGGAGGACAAAGCUCAGCAUUUUCAGGUCAAAUUGAAAUGUGUACAAAUUGUAUAAUAUUAUUUUGAGUCUUGACACUGUUUUAUAGACUAAUUAUUCCCACGGUUGUUUUUGUACUGCAUUUU